AUGGCCCGAAGAUUAUCCCGAAACGACUACGCCCCAACAUGGGAAGACAACGAAAUCAGCCUGAGACCAGCAGACGAUGUAUCACCAUCCAGCUACACGGACAGUCAAGCAGCUGACAUCCCAAUGCCAACCGUGAAAAAAGACAAGCGACCAUCCACCGCAAGCCUACGAACACCAAGAAGCGGCAAGCGGGGAUCUGAAAGCCUAAACAGCCAAAAGUUCAUCCCGCUCUCCAUGCGAGCCCUCUAUUACUCCGUCGAACCAGCAACAAGCUCAUCAACGGGAUCAACCCCCAACGGACCAGUAAGCCCUAAACCACGCCGCUUCAGCAAUCCAGGCACACAGCUCGUCCUAGACCCGAAUUUCCCAACGCCUCAGCCCUCGCCGCAGGAGUAUCUUAUCAAGGUGCAAACUGCAGCGUUUUGUCAUGAUGAGAUGCGUCUAGCAACGGCGUUGAAUCCGCAAAAGACUACUCCUCAGAUUCCGCUGCAUAGUAUCUGCGGGACGGUAAUUAGUACUCCAACGCAGGAUUCUGAACGGCCUGAGGGAUCGAAGUUUAAGAUCGGUGAUACCGUCUGGGGCGUGACGAGUUAUACUCGUGAUGGAGGUGCGGCGGACUAUGCCGUUGCUGCGGAGUCGGAGCUUGCACUGAAGCCGACGAAUAUCGGGGCUCAGGAGGCUGCUGCGUUGGCAUUGCCUGGGUUGACGGCGUGGCAGGCGUUGUUUCGGUAUGCGGAAAUUGAUCCCGAUGCGUCUGUGAACGGCGGCAAUGGCAUUGAGAAAGGGAAAGAGAGUGUGGCUGAAUAUGGGAAUGGUCAAAGAAGAGGGAGUCCUUGGGCUAAUGGGAAUGGGAAUGGCAAUGGCAACGAUGGAAAUGGACAGAACAUGUUCCGAAUGGACAUAUUUGGAGAGAACAGAUACGACAAGUACAAGGACCGUGUGAAUGGGCAUCGGAAUGGCGACGGCAAUGGCCAGAAGAAAAGCAUCUAUGCCGAUGGUGACGGUAAUGGCAAGGGCCAUAGUUGGCUGAGGAAGAGUGUGAAUGGAAUCAACAACCUUGUGCGGACUGCGAGUACGAUUACCAGAGGAAGUGGAAGCACAAACGGCAAUGGCAAUCGCAAUGGUCAUGGAAACGGCCAUGAAUACGGCUACGGCAGACGCCGAAGUACCUGGCAAAAAGGAGGUGGUCUACGGAGAAGACGAGGCUCGCAGAUGCAACUGCGCGUAUUGAUCACAAACGCACGAGACAGCGAAGUCGGUCGAAUCGCCGUGCAACUCCUUCGCGCAGAGAAGCUGUUCACAUUCCCCGAGCGGCCGUGGAUCUGUGUGACCUGCACACCCAUGGAAGCAGAUAUUGUCCGCGGGAGUUGGGACGUUGACGAGGUCAUCGUCAUUCCAAAUAUUCCCGAAUUCGACGAGUGCGACUUUGGGAAAAUAUUCCGAUCUCAGCGGUGGAGUCCCGUCGACGUGGUUCUGGAUUGCUCUGGUGGUGUUGUCUUUCAACAAGCCCAUUCACCCUCGGUUGUCAAAGAUGGAGGCGCAGUUUUGACGGCCGUGGAUCCUUGGCCGGCGCAGGAACCUGCCACUGGUGACCCGCUUGACAAUCUGGGCAGAAGAAAGCGUGGCCUCAAGACGACGUUUGUCCCGGUGAACCCCGAUGCUAUCUCGCUGGAACGCAUUGUAGAGCUCGUUGAGAGUAAUAUGGUUCGAGGGAGGCCUGAGCAGGUCACUGAUCUCAUGCAUGCGGACCGAUUAUUGAGGGACCAUGCGGUGGGAGCUGGUGCUGUUCGUCGUGGAGUGAUGAUGGUGGUUCGGGUCAAUUGA